ACUUCCUCACAAACACUACCUUGUCCCAUACUAAUUCUGCUCCUGAAAACUACAAACCAUAAGAUAAUUUUUCCAUUAGAAAAUGAAGAAGAAAAAAAAAAAACAUACAAAGAAGUUUUCGUCAUAAUUUGAAUCGAUGGAAUUGGGAAAAAAAAUUGGCGAGAAGGUUGAAGCAAACAGAGAAGAUUGUGAGAGAUCCAUUUGAAAGACUAGGGGAGCUUAAUCUUAACAGAAAUGAACAAAAAAUGUUCGUUUCUGUUACGGUUCUUAUCCAUUUUAAUAAGAUAAUGGUCCAUAAACCUUAUAUGUGCCUUGCCCAAAUUGGUUUGGAGGGGCAUAAUCUUCAUAUGACAUUGAAUAUUCCCAAAGUUAGCACUAGACUUGUAAGAAGUGGCCCAAAGGGAACUAAUUGGACCAGAGGGACUAACAGACGCCCAUACACAAGAUAUAUGGAAACAUGGGCAGGAAGACGUCAAAGGGCUUCUUUCACUGUCAACAACUUAAUGGCCUACUCCUCCAUUGCCUGCUGCUCCAGUGCUUAUGCCACCAGCAUCAAGUCCUGCAAGAGUUACUCCUAUACAGCAUUAUGUUAGGAGAUCAAAACGUGCUAGACUUACUUCAAAGAAUUUUCAUAGUCAAAAAGGCACAAGUAUAUUGACUAGAAUCCAUAAUAUGGGAUAGCCUUUUCCUUGCCUGCUCUCUAUUUGGUUUGAGGCUUCAAUGAAACCCAGUAGCUGGGUUCAAUGACAGAAAAGAGAAGAAGAAAUGAGUUAAGAUCGAUUUUGCAAAUGGAGUGGAAAUGAGAGAGCAUUCAGAGAAGAAGAAAUGGGUUAAGAUCUCAAUUUUGCAAAUGAAGUGAAGAUGAGAGAGCAUUCAGAGAAUAAGAAGAUGAGUUAGAUUGAUUUUGCAGAGAGUGAAGAUGAGAGACCAUUUUAGGGUUCACAUACCUUUCUUUAUUGGUGGUUUGCAGGCAACGUGGGAUCCAUUGGAGGGGCUUUGGUGUGGGAAGAUGACAUGUCAUCAAAAAAAAUUCAGAUCAACACU